CUUUUGUAAGAUGUUUUAAAUUUAUGUUUUUUUCUGUGUUUGAUCUAUAUGCAAGUCUCGUGGAUACAAAAUACUAUGAAAUGUCAAUGAUUAAUAUUGUUGUAAUGGUAUUGUCCCUCUUUCAUGUUAUCUUCUUUCAAACAUAUGAACUGCCAAAACAGUUUUUUUUUUUUAUAACAUUUUCUGAUAACUAGCACCUAACUUAUAGCCAUUAGAGAGAACCGAUGAAAGAUCUUUGAAUCUCCCACAACGAUCUCUCUUUCUCGUCACUUUCGGAGCCUAUUUUCCAAGAACUCGUGACAUCCUCUGAAGAUUCUCGUGUUGUUCCUCACCAAAACUGCUCUUCAUGUUUCCGUUGAGAUCAGUCCAAGACACGUGGCGAGUCUUACCGAAUGUCUUCUUGGUGAACUGCCUCUUUUCUUCAAUAGAGUCUCUGGUCUCAUCUUCUAAACACAGUAAACAUAACUGUCUUCUUCUUCCUCAACCAUCCUCGAGACAAUAUCUAAGACUUCAUUGAUCUUGUUAGUCUCCCUUUAUCUAAUGUAUUAGCUGUUGUUAAAAAAAAACGGUGGUUCAAGUGAUUGUUUUUCAAUAUGCCAGUUUAGUAUUUUACUUUUAUUACGGGGACUUGCUUUUAAAUAAAGAAGGUAAAUAACCAUGCAUUCGGGUGGUACAUGGCCUCCAGCAAUGACCUCAAAAAUCGCAGAUUUGAAUCAGUUACCCUCAGAUUACUCUAGCGUGUGGCGAUGCAAAGUGAAUAUCUCCUUUUGCGACCAACCGUGUCUGAGUGUCUAACUGGGUCAGUGAUCAGACACACGAGGAUUAGUCGGUUGGGUCUAGGCCCAGUUAAUAUCCCAGAUCAUCAAAAAAAAAAAAAAGGUAAAUCCCUUUCUUUUUCAACAAGGAAAAGGUCAAUCUUUUCUCUAGUGUGCUUUUAACGACUUAAAACCCUAGUAGACGACGAAUCCUACAGCAGUGAAACAGGAAUCCUAAGAGCAUACAUGACGAAUAAUCCUACAGCUCCGCCGUCUCGUAAGAAAAAGAACAAGACGAAUCCUCCACCAUCACCUCCAUCGUUUUCAUCAAUUCCAGAUGAUGUCAUUGUGAAUAUCUUAGCUCGGUUCUCGAAAUCUCACUACCCUUCCCUCUGUUUAGUCUCCAAGAACUUCUACUCUAUUCUCUCUUCUCCAGAUAUCUACUUUGCUCGAUCCCUAAUCGGUAACACAGACGCUCGCCUAUACGUGUGCCUAUGGCUACCCGAUCCCUCCUCCGGGCCUCAUAAUAGCUGGUUCACUCUCGGAUACCCUCAGGGUCAGUUAAGUUUAGUACCGGUAAAAGUGCUCUCUUCCUCGUAUUCACCGGCCGACCGGUUAAACUCAACCACUGUAGCCGUACAUUCCGAAAUCUACCAUAUUGGCGGAAGCAAGGACAAGCGGACCAGAGCGGUUAGAGUUCUUGAUUGUCGGAGCCACACGUGGCGUCGUGCUCCCCACUUGAAGGUGGCAAGGAAACGCGCAAGGUCUUAUUUGUUAGAUGACAAGAUAUAUGUACUAGGAGGGUGCACAGAAACAGAGGAAACAAUUGGUUGGGGUGAGGUUUUCGACCUAAAGACUCAGACUUGGAAGCCGUUGCCUAAGCCUCCUAGUCAUGAUGAUUACGUCAAUGGUGCAGUUUUUGGAGGAAGGCUAUACGUUUUCACCAUAGAUAACAGUAAGAAGUAUGCAUAUGAUCCUAAAGAAGAAAGAUGGGUACAUGAGGCGGGGUUUGUGGGUCUAGGACGUAUAAAUAGACCUUGGUGCGUUAGAGGAAGUGUAAUAUUUGCUGAACUUGGCGGGAAGUACAUGUGGUAUGACCCAAGGUAUGGAAUGUGGUCACUGAUUCAGGGUUUGAACCAUGUGUACGAGAGACGUUGUUCGAAUUACAGAACGAUUCAGUUAGUUAACCAUGGUGGGAAACUGUUAAUUAUAUGGGAUGAGUGGCAUAGGCGUCAGAGGGAACACAAGCGUGUUUGGUGUGCGGUGGUUAGCUUUGAGAAACCUUUGAAUUCAAGUAAUAUGUGGGGGAUGGUCGAACGGUGCAAUGUUGUUUUGGGUUCAGUCCACAAGUCAUAUAAGCUGUCAAGCUGCCUGUCGGUUUUGGUCUAAAA